AUGUCUGCUGCAGACACAGACACGCCUCCGCACGCUGCGGGGCUACUGAAGCUGCAGCAGCAGCAGCAACAACAGCAGCAACAGCAACAGGGGCAGGAUUCUGCAGCGGAGAAGUGCAGCUCGCAGCAGCCGAAGGCCCACAGCAGCAGCACCGCUGCAAGCCCUGACACCAAGCAACAGCAGCAGCAACAGCAGCCACAGCAGCAGCAGCAGCAGCAGGGUAACGGCCGCUCUGUGUUGAGGGCCGAUGCAUCGGAAUUUAAGCCGCUGCCUAAGCCCGCCACCCCACAGCAGCAGCAGUCGAGCUCAGCGAGCAGCAGCUGCAACGAGAACAGCAGCAACAGCAGCAGCAGCAGCAACAGCAGCAGCAGCAGCAGCGGAAAGGCGUACCAGUUUAACCGCAAUGCACAGGAGUUCGUCCCUGGACGCCCUUAUGUGCUGCCGGGCACUGCAGCAGCAGCGACUCCUGUAGCAGCAACAGCAGCAGCAGCGCCAGCUGCAGGGUUUGCAUGCGCAGUGCAGCAGCACCCUGCUUACUAUGGGGCUGCAGCAGCAGCAGCAGCACGUACACCCCACAUGCAGCAGGGCUACCCCACAUACGGAUAUGCAGCAGUUUAUGCAUCUCCGCAGCAGCAGCAGCAGCGCCACACCAAGCAGGCAAGGCAGCAGCAGCAGCAGCAGCAGCAAAGGAGCGGGCCUGCAGCUGCACACACAGGACGCCGAUGGGGGCCUCAGCACACGCCAGUCUCCCCUGCUGUUUCUCGUACACCUCAGCAGCAGCAGCAGCAGCAGCAGCAGCCGUCACAGACUCCGCAGCCUCAGCCUCAGCAGCAACAGCAGCAGCAACAGCAGCAGCAGCAGCAGCAGCAGCCCCCUCCACCUCCCCCACCGCCAGCCAGCGUCGUUGGCGAGCAGCAGCAGCAAAUGCUGCCUGGAGGCAGCUUCAGAGACAGACUCCUAAAGGGAGCAGCAGGGAAGAAACCCGGAAGCCCAGGGCAGCAGCAGCAGCAGCAGCAGCAACAGCAGCAGCAGCAGCAGAAGGCGAAGGAGGCACCGCGAUCAAAGUCUGCACAGCCGUCGCCGCCGCAGCAUCAGCAGCAGCAAAGCCCUGUGGACGGCCCGCACUCUACCAAUGGCUGCAUGCAGCAGCAGCAGCAGCUGAACGCACCUUCUGCUGCAGCAACACGACGAGACUCUCCCUCAUCCCCACGACCUGCAGCAGCAGCAGCAGCAGCAGCAACAGCAGCAACAGAAAAAACAGCAACAGAGACCCCAAAGCAAAGCACUUGGAGCGACAGGGUUCGUGCGGCCACCCCUCGGCUGCAGCAGCAGCAACAGCAAACCCCAGCAGCAGCAGCAGCAGCAGAGCCCUCGAUGCGGCAUGAGGAGCAGCAGAAGCCCAGGCAAGCAAAGGCAGGCACGCCUGCUGCGCCUGCAGCAACUGCAGCAGCACCGCAAGCAGCAGCAGCAGCAGAAUCCGCACAAGCAGCAGCAGAAGGCGGGAUGUCUGCAGCAGCAACACCAGACUUCGGUACUGCUAGCAGGAGUCCUAAGGAACAGGAGAGCGCAGCAGCAGCAGCAGCAGCAGCAGCCGCAGCAGCAAAAGUAGCCCCUGCAGCAGCAAAAGCUGCUCCCGCAGGAGCAGCAGCGGCACCUGCAGCAGCUCCCCAAUCCCCCAAGCCUGCUGCAGCAGCAGCACCUGCUGCUGCAGCACCUGCAGAAGCAGCAGCAGAGGCACCAAAGACACAGGAGGCUCCUACGCAGCAGCAGCAGCGGCGGACCUCAGCAGCUGCAGCUGAUAGCAGCAGCAGCAGCAGCAGCAGCACCGGCUCUAGCUGGGCGGAUAGGGUGAAGGCGGCGAAGGCUAAGCCAGCAGUGCCAGCAGCAGCAGCUGCACCAGCAAAGCAGCAACAGGAGAACGAGAACAGGCAGCACUCGGCAGGGAAGCACAGCCCUCAGCCGCCGCAGCAGCAGCAACAGCAGCAGCAGCAGCAACCUCAGUGGCCAGUCAGGCGCCAUGCUGCACAGGCAGAUGCUGCGGAGAAGCAGCAGCAGCAGCAGAAGCCGCAGCACGCGACAGAGUGGAGUCGAAGAGCUGCGGCAGCAGCGCCUGCUGCCCCAGCAGCAGCACCAGCAGCAGCAGCAGCAGCAGCACCUCCAGCAGCGGCGCCCGCCGCUCCGGUAGCCAAGUCGCAUGAAGGAGCAGCAGCUGCAGCAGCACCAGCAUCGCCAGCAACAGCACCAGCAGCAGCACCAGCAGCUGCAGCAGAACGCGUGGAGCCUGCUUCACCCCCCACUGCCAGUGAUGCAGCAGCAACCGACGGCGCAGAAGCAGCAGCAGCAGCAGGAGACGGUUUGACUUGGGCAAUGAGGGCUCGCCUAGCGAAGGAUCGUCCGGAGCCAGUGAAGCCGCAGCCCUCGCCGCAGCAGCAGCAAGCAGCAGCAAACGCUGGAGAGCAGCAGCAGCAACAGCAGCAGCAGCAGCAGCAGCAGCAAGGAGGCAUGCGGGGGGGACGAGGCAGAGGUGGCCUCGUCAGAGGCAGCGGAGCCCCUGCUUACAACGACUCGCACUGGGGGGACAGAAGCAGCAGCAGCAGCAGCAGCAGCAGCCGCGGCGGGCCCCACACCAGGGGAAGGGGGGGGCCCCACGGUGUUCACGGGCAGCGCAGAGGAGGGUUCAGACAGCCGCAGCAGCAGCAUCAGCAGCAGCAGCAACAGCAGGAGUUGCCUCAGGAAGCAGCUCGUUCAGAGCAGCAGCAGCAGCAGCAAGAGCAGCCGCAAGAGCAGCACGAGCAGCAGCAGCAGGAGCAGCAACAGCAGCAGCUUCCUAAGCCUUCCGGGGCCUGGGCUGCUGGCGCUGCUCCUCUGGGGCGCUGGGCGGUGCCUCCUCCCCGUCCUGCUGCUGCUGAAGCAGCGAGUGCAGCAGCAGGAGGUGCUGCUGCAGCUGCUGCAACGACGCAGCAGCAGCAGGAGCCUUGCGCAGCCCCUGUGUGGCCCAAGACUAGACCGAACGUGAAGCGGCAGCCGCAGCAGCAGCAACAGCAGCAGCAGCAGCAGCAGCAGCAGCAGGUCGAGGCGCCUUUGCUGCCGGGCCAGUGGCAGCGGUUUGCACUGCCCGGAGGAAAGCGAGACAGCGUGAAGGCCGGAGAGAAGCAGCAGCAGCAGCAGCAGCAGCAACAACAGCAGCAGCAGCAGCGGCAACAGCAGCAGGAGCAGGAGCAGCAGCAGCAGGAAGAGCAGCAGCCGGAAAGCCCGGAUUGGGGGCAGCCGACUCCGCUGCCGAUGAACAGCAGCAGCAGCACUGUCUCUGCUGGGCCUUCAGCCUCAAAAGACAAACCAGCAGCAGCAGCAGCAGCAACUGCAGCAGAACCGGUGACGGUGCUCCCGGGGAUGCUUCGUGAUGGCUUGGCGAUGCCUAGGGCAACGCACAGGCCGCACCAGCAGCAGCAGCAGCAGCAGCAGCAGCAGCAGGAGAGACAGCAGCGGGAACAACAGCAGCAGGAACGCGAGCAGCAGCAGGAGAGGCAGCAGCAGCAAGAGAGGCAGCAGCAGCAAGAGAGGCAGCAGCAGGAAAGACUGCAGCAGGAGCGGCAGCAACAGCAAGAAAGGCUGCAGCAGCAGCAGCUAGCGGAGUCGAAGGCUGCUGCAGCUGCUGCUCGUGCGGCGUCGCCGAGGCCCAGUGAGAGGCUGUCGGUUCCUGCUGCAGCAGCAACAGCAGCAGCAGCAGAGACAGGGAGGCUUCGUUCUCGGUCUCCUGGCAGCAGCAAAGGUCAUUUGUCGCCUCUCAGCUCGCCGAGACCCCUUGGAGAAAGCAGCAGGUCAGCAGCAGCAGCAGCAUCACCAGCAGCAGCAUCACCAGCAGCAGCAGCAGCAGCAGCAACUCCUGGUGCUGCUAGCAGCAGCAGCAAAAAGGCUAGCCCUAAGGAUGCGUGGGGCGACGACGAGCCGGAGGAGCCGGAGCCGUAUGUGCCUGCUGCAGCAGCAGCAGUGUCUGCAGCCAAGACAGCAGCAGCAGCACCAGCAGCAGCAGCAGCAGCAGCGGGAGAAGCAGUAUAUUCAAUUGGGUUUCUAGCAAAGGUGCGAAGCCACCCAAGCUGCAGGCCUUUGAAGGUUGACGGUGUUGUGCAGCUAACAGAAGGCAGCUUCUACUUGCCUCAAGCAGCACCGCAGCCGCAGCAGCCGCAGCAGCAGCAGCAGCAGCAGCAGCAAACACGCAUGCGGCAGCAGCAACAAGCACCUGAUCAUCACGAAUGGCAGAGGCGGCCCAGAGACGCAGCACACGACGAUGCAAUGAAGAGCUUCGCUUCAGCGCGCACAUCCGGUGCUGCUGCUGGAGGAAGUCGCGUGUCUGCUUCGUCUUUAGGAGGCUUCUUCUCUCAAGAGAAGCCCCCGGACUUCAGCAGCGUGCGUAGAGAGAGGCCUCGCGCAGCAGCAGCAGCAGCAGCAGCAACACUUCCUACCCCUUCAAAGGAUUCGUGGCUUGUUAUACAGGAGAAGCAAAAGGAAGACAGCCGUCUGGUGCUGCUGCGGCAGCUGAAAGGUUUAUUAAACAAACUAACCUUAGAGAGGUUUGAUCGCAUAUACACUCAAAUUCUUGCUGCUGGAGUUAAAGAAGAAGCAGAUGUGAAGGCCCUCAUGCAGAUGAUCUUCGAUAAGGCUGUGGCGCAGCACCACUUUAUUCAGAUGUACGUGAUGCUGUGCGGGAAGCUGAAGACAGAUUUCCAGGAGCUUCUUCAAGACGAUCAUCGCAGCACCAAAUUCAGGAGGAUAUUGAUUGAUCAGUGCGAAGAUUCUUUCAACGCAAAUCUUGAGCCGAUUGCGGUGCCUGAGGGUUUAAAUGAAGACGACGCAUAUGAGUUCGAACUCAACUACAAGAAAACCAUGACAGGCAACAUGAUAUUUGUUGGAGAGUUGCUGAAAUCGAAGAUGAUAUCUCAAGCAAUAUUGUUAGAGUGUAUAGACAGAUUGCUGCAGAAGAGAGCAGAGUGUAUUGCUGCUAGCAACAGCAUUGAUCAAGGCGUUCACCAUGUAGAGGCGCUGUGCGCUUUCUUGCAUACUGUUGGGCCUUUCUUUGAUAAUCCUCAAUGGAGACUGUAUGGAGAGUUCUGCGAGCGAAUGAAUUUGGUUGCAUCGCUCGCGAGCGAUGCGUCAUUGCCUUUUCGCGUUCGUUGUUUGAUGAACGAUGUCUUGGACUCAAGAGCAGCUAACUGGAAGCGACAGCCUCCUCAUAAGAGAGAAGGUCCUGCAACAUUAGAAGAGUUGCAUGCGCAGCAGCAGCAGCAGCAGCAGCAUUCACAUCAUCCACAUCAUUCCCAUCAUUCACAGCUGCAACAGCAGCAGCAGCAGCAGCAGCAGCAUGGUGCUGCAGCAAACCAUAGCAGCAACAGAGAUGGAUAUAGAAAUCAUCAAGAAGAUGUUGGCUGGGAGAUCGCCUCCAGUAGAAGAGACGUCGAAUGCGGUCUCUGGAAUGAGUGGUGGAGGCCAAUCAGCAUUCAGAGUUCGGGUGUGGGUUAUUUGCGUGCGUUUAGCAGCAGCACUGCGACGACGGUCAGCAGCAGCAGCACGAGCAUGAGCAGCAGCAGCAGCAGCAGCAGCAGCAGCAGUAGCAGCAGCAGCAGCAGCAAUGUGAUGAAUGAAGAGCAAGCUCGUGCUACAGCAAGGCGAGAGUUUGACGACAUUAUUUCAACAACUACAAAGGAGUCGUUGGACGUCUUUGAGGGUUUUGUCUACGAGUCUCAGGAAGCACAGAAAGCGUUGCUGCUGGAGCUGCUGCAGAUAGCAGCAAAUAAGCUGGCAGCAAAUAAACCCGCAUUGCUGCAGCAACGCAAAACUCUCUUCAGCUUUAUUGUUGCUCUUGCCUCCUCUUCUUCCUUCCCCCCGGACACCCUUAAAAUGGGUCUGCGAGAGUUUAUGGGUUUGAGCGGAGACGGCGAGGGUUUGUAUAAAGAUUUGCUGCUUGAUGCACCUCACCUCCCUGCGUUUAUGAAGGAGUUUAUAGAUACCAUUGAGGCUGCAGACAAAGAAAGACAGUUGUUAAGCACGGCGGCGCUUGAUGACAUAAGGGGUCGUCUAUGA